AUAAUGCUUUGCAUCGCAGCAUGACAGCUAAGCUUUUCUGCAUUGAUGUUGUGGAGCUCAAGGGUCACCUUUGUCUAACUUUUACAGAUAACUGGGCAGGAAUGACUCCUCGCAAACUCGACUGCAUGCUCAGCUUUGGUUUCACAGAGAAGAAUGUGAAGAGAGACCACAUGUCCAUUGGAUUGUAUGGCUUCAAGUCUGGCUCUACGCAGCUGGGGAAGGAUGCCACCAUCUUCACCACUGGAGGGGCUCUCAGCACAGGGCUGCUUUCCCAGACCUACAUGGACCAUGUCCAUGCUGAGACAGUGAUUAUCCCACGGGUGUCAUUCAACCAGCAAAAUGAGAAAAUAAUUGUUACUGAAGACUCUUUGCCUAGCCUGGACGCCAUCCUGGAGCAUACCCUCUUCAACACCAAGAAGGAGCUGUUGGCACAGUUUGAUGCCAUUCCAGGCAAAAAGGGCACACGCAUCCUCAUCUGGAACAUAUGCAGAAAUAAAGACAGGAAGCUGGAGCUGGAUUUUGAUAUGGACGAGCAUGGUAUUCAGAUAGCAAAGUUCCUUGCAGAUGAUGGCGAGAUCCCCAGCAGAAAGGUUCUGCACCCUCAGGAGAUGGUUUCCAGAGUUUCCUGGCCUGAAAAUAGAGCAAACUGCAAUAUCUUGUACCCGAAGACUCGCAUGCAGAUUGUCCUGCAACAGAAGAAGGUGAACACUCAGCUAUUUGCCAAGAGCCUGGCCAACGUUGAAUAUGAUUUUUACAAGCCAAGAUUCAUUAGCAAAAGGUUGAGGAUCACCUUUGGAUUCACCUGCAAGAACAAAAGCCACUAUGGGAUCGUGACAUAUCACAACAACUGGCUCAUCAGAUCCUAUGAGAAGGUGGGUUGUCAAAGGCAGGGAGGAGGUGUAGGUGUGAUUGGUGUAAUUGAAUGCAACUUCCUGAAUCGAGCACAUGAAGAGGACUUUGAAGAAGGCAAAGAGUACCACUGUGGGAGAGAGACCACAUCAGAUGUGGGUAAAUGUGAAGAGUGCCUGAAGUGGAGGAAGCUCCCUGACCAGGUUGACCGUACAUUAUUAACAGAAAGUGAAAGAAUGUUUUACCCCUUGGUGGAGAAAACUGAGCGUGAGAAGUGUUGCCUGAAAGCAGAGUUCUUGAAAUGCCAGCAGGAACUGGUGCUGCUCAGAGCUCAGAAGACGGAAGGCUUGCCCUGCAGCAAGAAAUACAUGUGUUACUGCCAAGCCGUGUGGCAGAAGCGGAAAGCAAAGCUGGUGAGGUCUGCAGAGGGGAAGGCUGAACUGAUGGGGAGACUCAAGAAUACAGAGAUGCACUUAGGGGUGCUGAGGGAGGCACAGAGUUCCUGCAGGGGCCCAGAGAAAGAAGAUGUGAAGAAGUCAGAGCUGUGGGUUGGCUGGUUGGCAGUCCCUGUCAUCCCUAAG